UAUUCUUUAUCAGCCCAGCUGCGGACACAUUACAAUGCCGACGCGGAAUAAACAAAAUAAAACAUUUAAAUUUACAACAAGACACAUUUAACUAAGUGAAGAAGUUAACUACAAUUAGUAAAAUAACGUAAAAAUGGCGUGUGGAACAUGUCGGGGUCUCAAGGAGAAGAGUGUAAAGUGUCUCAUAGCCGCUUUGGACACGAUCAAAGAACACGCCUUAAUGAUGCAACGGGACUCGGAGGAGAGUGCUAAAACUAUAGAAAACCUGAAAGCUCACAAUGAAAAACUGCAUAAGGCAUUGGAUUUGCUAAAAGAGCGGCAGGAAUCCAUGAUCCAAGCGGGAAAGCGUAGGAAGUUGUCGCCCAAAAAAAAUAAGAGUGAUAUAUCCCCACUACCGCAGAGCCAGAAUUCCCUUAACAUGAACAUAGCGCUCAGUAGCAUUGAUCUCUCCGACGAAGACCUAAAAAUGGAGGAAGACGAAAGCAUAGCGGAGACGGAGCCCACUGCACAAAGCCCACGUAAAUUGAGGCUACCGAACCGAAAGCUAGACAUUCGCAAUCUAGAGAAUGUUCAGCCAAACAACAAUUCAGAUGUGGGCAACAGUUGGCUUCAAAAGACCCCCAAAUAUGCUGGGGUAGUCACCAAGCUGUCACUUACUCACAAAGGUAGCAAUUCGCAUUUAAAACAAACCCGCCUUAAAUUCGAAGCCAAUAAGACCAGCAACAGCGAAAAGGACAUUAUAGAGGAAAGCCCCAAUUUAAGCACCAGCCUAAAAAGAUCUCGUCCGCCAAGAUCACUGAUGCAGAGAACAGACAACGCGACCGUUACAAACGCAGACGACUCGCUUACCAGCAGCAACAGUAGCAUCAUUAAGAUGCCGAAGACCACUUAUGAGAGCGACUUGGAAGAGUUCAAUAUGGAGUGCUCGGAGCUUCCCCUCAUGCCGCCACCAGUAACCCCGCCGAGUUUAAAAAUCAACAACACCUCGGAUAGCGUGGUUCUGCUGACGCCUGCAACCCAGGAUAUUAUAUUUGUGAACGACACUCUCGAAGAGAACAAAAUAGGAACCAUGGAUGUCCUGGCCGAAAUUAUGAAGGAUGACGACGAUGCUUGCUCAAAUGCUUUGAGGCAGUUUGAGAAGAAUAUGAUUGAUCAACAAAAGAACGUUCAACCGAAUCCUACAAAAGCCAAAACAGCCAUUCCAAUUACGAAAGUCGUAAAAACUGAACCCAUAUCCCAACCACAAACAGAUGAGGGCAAUGAAUCAACGAAGCUCUCUCAGGAUAUCGAAAAGUAUCUGAUGGAAAUCAAAGAAGAAGAUAGCAAGGAUUCGGAGGAAGAGUUUCCACAACCGAUCCUGGUUAAAACAGAACCAGAAUUGUCAGUCAAAGAGCGUUUCAAUAUUGAAUGCCCGGAAUGCGAAAAGUUUAUUAAUUUUAUGGGCACCAACUUGACUGAUGAAAAAAUCAAAGACUAUUUGGAGAAAUGCAGGCACAUUGACGCACGAAGUAACACGCCACCGGGAUUCUGGAAUCCCCAUAUGGUUUCCUUUGCUGAAGACGAUCCACGUAACGAGGUUUUAAUAGACACACGAUUCAGAGAUCAGCGGUUAAACAAAUGACACUUAGCAAAUAUUUGUGAAACUAGUUAUUCUGUUUGAAGCAUAUCAUUUAUUAUUUUUGCUCGUUAUAAUUUACAAGUUGCCUCGCUUGGCCUGUUCAAUUUCGAUAGCCGUGAACAAAGACUUAAAGUUGCCAGCGCCAAAUCCCUGAAAAAGUUACGAUUACGUUUCAGUGUUUAUAGCAAUAAUAGUUUAAGUAAUAAAUCUUACAUUGUGA